AUGGCGACUGAAAUUACUCCACCGGGGAGUUUCCUUGAGUCUCCCCUAACACCGCCGCUUACCAAAGAAAAGUCGAAAACCACUCAACGCGUACUAAACUACUUCAAGCUCCAUCGUGCAGGCCAUAGGCCACAGUUUUGGUGGCAGCACCGGCUCGCUUUAGACGAAUAUACGGAAGUUUUACAUGUCCUAGAUGGGGACGACUCUCUCCGAGGAUAUAUCGAAGACAAAGUUAGGUACGACUACGACCCUUGUCGUUCCUACCUAACUAUCCGAAUGCCAAGUCCUCUCCAUGAUGUUUUCUGUGCAAAGAUAGUCGAGGAGAUUUCACGGCAACUAAAGCAGUUCCAACGAAGCGAAGACCCCUCCGCUAGUUUUGCGAAUGAGGUCGUUCACCUUGCCACUUCCCGAAUUAUAAUACCUGAUGAGAUAAGGGAUGGAAAGCAGAGUUAUUCCAAACGGGAACCAGAUGCAUCUUUUAAGCACCGGCGGGCACGCUAUCCAGGUGUUAUUAUUGAGGUAUGCUAUUCGCAAAAAAGUCAACGCGUUUCGCACUUAGCAGACGAGUACAUCCUAAACACCGAUGGAAGCGUGAACGCCGUGAUUGCCCUCGAUGUUGAUUAUAAAGGGUCUAAGAAAGCGACUAUCACCGUAUGGCGACCAACAUAUACGACCGUGGAUGGUAUAGAGGAGCUUCAGGCGACCGCUGUGAUCGAGGCUCUGCCAUUUCGGACAGAUUCUGGACUUCCAGUUGAGGCAACGACGCUCCGACUAUCAUUAUGGGACUUCGGGACCGAGGACCUCUCGCGAGAGUAUAUAAGGCUCGAUCGAGAAUUCACGAUAACAUCGAGACAGCUAUGUGACUUUCUCUCACGCGCUGAAGAAGAACAGAGAGCGCAGACACUUCAGCAAGGUUCUACCAAUCGACUACGGCCGGGUGCGGGAAAGCGUCGUCGGCCUCAAACUCCUCCGGAGCAUCCAAGUUCAGAAGAGGAAGGAUCAGUCGAGAAGAACAGAGAAAGUAAACGUGGACGUUUCAGCAGCGACUUUUGUCCGGACUCGUCGCAGUGA